AGUCUAUUGCCAAGAGUGAAGAUUGUGGCAGACUUGUUUUUAUUAAGGUUUGCAAAGGUCGCUAUUUUUCACACACUUUCCAAAGUAAGAAAGUGAUCUCCACGUACUUUUUCUAAACGGUUAAGUAUCUCGAAUACAAAAUAUGUGUUGAUUGUGAACAGUGUACAGAAAUAUAUAAUAAAAUGGCUACCGUGUUCGAUAGCCCUUUCAUUCGGCAACGUUUACAUAGACUGAGGCGUCGUGAUUAUGAUUUUGAUGAAGAUCAAAGAUUUGGGCGAUGUGACUGCACGAGCUAUUCUUAUUUUGUGCUAUCAAUGGUGUUAUUUUCGGUGGGCACUAUGAUAACAGUGUUAGCUCUUGGAGACGCUGACGGGUAUAUCCUCAGCAAUUUGGGACACAUGUGGCUAGUGGGUCCAAUUUUUAUAUGUUCGGGGAUGAUGGUUGCCGUGAAAAGUAUGCUAUAUUUGAGGAGAAAAAGCGUGAUCCAGAUGUUACUUCACCAGCGAGCGAUAAUCAGAGAUAUGGCUGCAGUCCAAGCUGAACAAGCCUACAGCGGUCAAGUACCUCGCACUGCAUCUAGUGCAACAUUACCACCUUCUUAUGAUGCCUUAAUAGGAAGUGCUGCCACAAGUAAACCUCAACCUUCCAGCUCAGAGCCUCCACCCCCAACAUAUGAUGAAGCAAUGUAUCUAAUAGAUGAUGAAAAACUACGGAAUGAAAACAAAAAUGAUGACAGUGCCAAACAAGAAACUAGUAAUCAAACAUCUAGUAGCAACUUGGAUGAUAGUAAACCCUGAAAGAUGAGAAUAAUACUUAAGUGUACUUGUUUAUUAACUAGUUAAGUAAGAAAAACUUAAUUCUUCCUUUUGUACUUAUAUUUUUAGAUAAAUAGUCACUUACUAUUAAUAUAGUAUUUCUCGGAUGUGCCUAAAAUAUUGAUUUGUUAGCAAUAUUGUUAUAUAUCUCUCAAUGUAAAGGGUAUCUGUAAUUUAAUAACUAGCUUAAGAUAAACUUAUGAACUUGUGAUGUGUUGACUGCCACUUGCUAUGAGCUGAUCUCUUUGUGUAUAAUGAGAGAUGAUUUUAGAUCUGUUUGUAUGAAAAAACAUUAUUGCUUGUUUGGAACAAUAAUGACAUGAAAUACUUACUUUAGAUGUUGAAAACUUAUGAUAUUAUGUAACGAGAAAAACUUAGAAUUAUGAAAUGUUAUAUGUAGUUAUUGUCACAAAUAAGGAAGUAAUGUGAAUAUACAUAGUAUUAUUUCCUCAUAGCAUUUUGGCAGUCUCAUAUUGUGGAAUUCUAGUGUGACAAGGUACUUUAUGUAUCACUUAUUUCUACUUAUGUGUGUCUAAUCCAAAAACGCAAUUUAUUUUCUUUAAAAUGGUAAUUUGUGAAAAACAUAAUUUUAUGUAAGGAGCUUACAUCCAGUGUAAUGAGCUAGGGAGAAAGUUAUUCAUGUAUUGGCUCCACUAUUAUUGCAUUACACAUUCUGCAAUGUUAUUAAUGAUUAAUAUGAAGACUGAUGCAUUUAUAUUAGUAAUGUUGCCAGAAUCCAGCCCCAAAUUUUGAUCUGAGUAUAAAAAGAUUGUAAUUACUGCCAAAGAUUGUGGGCAUACUAACUUGGAGUUUGUUCACUAUUUAGUUAAAAGUUUUUUAUUUGCCCUAUGUUCCAACUGGCAAGUAAGUGUAGUACAGAUUGUAACUUCCAUUCCUGUGAUUUUUAAACAGAAGUUGCUAGUUUGUAAAAUAAAUGAAGCAUUUUGCAGUAUUUACUGAACUCAAAUAUUUACCUUCCAUUUUGUCAACCAUGUUUUAGUGUUUAUACAAUAUUUCGGUCAAGGCUAUUUCAUUUCACGCUAAGAAAAAUUAGUACUUAAAAGACUUAACUGAAGUGUUCUUUUUAUGAAAGGUUAAAUAAAUGGCCUUUGUUCUAGGAAAAAUAUGUGCCUUUUGUAGCAAGUGCUCUUUGCAAUUUUUUAAAAGGGAUGUAGAUUUGACAUAGAUAGUAGUAGAUUAGAACAAAUAGGGUCAACAUGAAAAAUAUACACAAACAAUUGUGUGUCUUGGAAUUAAUGAUAUUGUCAUAAGUUUUGCACAGGAUAUUAAGAAUAUUUCUAUAAGAUUCAGCCAUUCAAGAAGUCCUAUACUGUUUAUAUAUUAUUACUGAUUGGCAAUCACUGCUAAUGAAAACAAUUGUAAUGUAGAUGAUAACUGUACUCAUCUACAUUGCUCUAAUGUCCACAAGAUGUUGAAAAUAAUUGUAUUUCAUGUUUUGAAAUACCAUGAAGUGAACACAGUUGUAGUUUGUAAUAAAUUGUUAUUGUAAAUUGCUUCUUGUGUUGUUAAGAAUAGUUUUAAUACAGCUUCAGGGAUCUUCUUUCAUUUAUCAAUAGAAACUAUGUUGUAAACAGGAUAAUUUUAAUUUAUGUUGCAAGGUUAUAUAAAUUAUGUUGUGUCAACAUAAAAAAUGUGAUUUGAAAUGCAAAAGAAAAGCAGAUAGAAUAUUAACAUUGUGACUAAAAAACUCCCAAAUAUUUGUGUACUGAUCUCCCUAGAG